CGGCGCUGGCGGCGGCGCGCGCGCAGGCGGACGCGGAGCGCGACGCGGCGCGGCAGGAGCUGCGCGGGAAGGACGCCGAGCUCGCCGCGCAGAUGACCAUCAUCCUCGACAUGCGCGCCGAGAAGGAGCGCCUGCAGCAGCGCAUCGAGGGCAUGCAGAGCACCAUCGACAACAUCCAGAAGGAGCUGACCGGCCGCCUCGCCGCGCCCAAGCCCGGCGCGGCCCGCGAGCCGCCCGAGCACGACGCGCCGCGCCGCGACGACGCCACGCUCUACAGCUUCCUCAGCGACGCCGACGCCAGUCUGGACGCCGACGCGCUCGACGCGCGCGAGGUGGGGCGGCGCUUCGACGCGCUGGCGCAGGCCGUCGGCCGCGGCGGCCCGCAGCGCAGGCAGGGAUCUAUUUCACUGUCCCAGAUGAAAGACGAUAUGAAAAUAAAAAAUAGAUCGUUUUUCAAAAACAAGCGGUUUGAUUGCAAAUCGAAGAAAAUAAAAUAGAAACCCGCCUCUUAAUAAAUUAAUUCGUAAUGAUUGUUAAUUGUUUCCCUAGUGCAUUAAACAUUUUG